CGUGCCCCGCAUUUGGAAGACUCGAGUGUGACUUCUGCGCCGGGCGACGUUUCCGUAAACGCCUGCGCAGAAGCUCCGGAAGGACCGUCAAGCGGGGGCAGGGGGAAACCAUAGACAUGAGCGGCCAAGGUGGCCUAUUACUUCCUGGUGGCUUGUGGAGUUUUGCUACCGGGUCACGGUGGUGACAGAAAGUGGCGGGGAGAUGCCGGAGAUCGUAAUUCGACAUGUGGUCUCUGCGAGCAGCUCCGACACGACUCACUGUGCUGAAAACCUGCUCAAGGCCGACACCUACCGCAAGUGGAAGGCUGCCCAGGCUGGGGAGAAGCACAUCUCUGUCAUAUUACAGUUUGAGAAAGAGGAGCAGAUUCACAGCAUCGACAUUGGCAAUGAAGGCUCCGCAUUUGUCGAAGUGCUGGCUGGCAGCUCUGCUUCCUCCAGUGAGCAGAACUACGAGGUGCUGUUGGUCACAUCCUCGUUCAUGUCCCCCUCGGAGAGCAAGAGUGGCACCAACCUGAACAGGGUCCGUAUGUUUGGACCAGAUAAGCUGGUGAAAGCCACAGCUGAGAGGAAGUGGGACCGGGUUAAAAUCGUCUGUACCCAGCCCUACACCAAGUCCUUGGCGUAUGGCCUGUCCUUUGUGAGGUUCCACUCUCCUCCAGAAAACGAUGAGAUUCAUUCCAAAACCGCUUCGCCGAAGGUCACCAAGCUGGGCCAGUUCAAGGUGAAGGAUGACGACAGCAACUCCAGCUCCUUGAGGCCUGGCGCGCUCUUCUUCAGCCGGGCCAGCAAGCCCCUGGUCUCCCCACCUAAGGCCUCCCAGAACGACCAGCCCUCGCCCAGUUAUGCCGCUGCCUCCUUGCAAACCAGCAUGUUGGGCUCCCCUGAACCGUCGCCAUCAGCUGCAGAAAAACCCACCUCCAAACCGUCUCCUAAGGAGCCCACGCCAGUCAAGAGGAAGUUUGAAUUCAGCAAGGAAAAUCCUGGUCUCUCGUCUGCGGCCAAGAAGCCUGAUUCCGAAACUCCCCGCCCUGCCCAACCACCCUCCAAGAAACACAAAGCUUCUCCCCCAGUGCCGCCUUCCCAAAAGAUGCCGCCUUCCAAAAAGCUUCCACCAACGCAGUCUUCGGAGGGGACAGGAGAUGGGUCUUUCCAGCGUCUCCUGCAGGGAACUGUGUUUGUGUUGAGUGGCUUCCAGAAUCCUUUUCGCUCUGAGCUGCGGGACAAGGCCCUAGAGAUGGGGGCCAAGUACCGACCAGACUGGACCCCUGACAGCACUCACCUCAUCUGUGCCUUUGCCAACACACCUAAGUACAGCCAAGUGAAAGGGCUUGGGGGCACUAUCGUGCGCAAGGAGUGGAUACUGGACUGUCACCGCACACGGCGGCGCCUUUCCUGCAAGCGCUACCUGAUGGGAAGCCCAGAAUCCUCCAGCAGCGAGCAGGAGGAAGAGAGCGACAAAGAGACCCCUGCCCGACACAAGCCCCUUGCUCAUCUGCAGAGAACUGAUGUGCCCAGCUCCAACCAUAAGCCCAAGAUGCCUGCCAGCCCCAAAGUUGUACAAAUGGCACCAAGGAGGGCAUCCUCUGAAGAGGAGGAGGACCCCAACACCUCUCGGAGCAGUGGCAUCCAUAACAACUCACGGGGCCCAGCCGCUGACUCUGCAGCAUCCAGCAAUGAUGAGGAUCUCAGAGGUGUUGGAGACAAUGGAGACGAGGGCUCUGGUGACACUGAUGACGAGCUGAGGAGAGUGGAAGAGGAGCACCGGAAAAAGCAGCAAGCUGGACGGAGGACAGCCCCAGCGCCAGAUGAUGAUCCAUAUGGAGGUUCCACAGAUGAGAACACAGAUGUUGAGGAAAAGGGGGAGCCAGAAAAGGAGGAGCCAGAUCAGCCGAUCCCAGAGCUACCAGACUUAUUUGGGGGCAAACACUUCUUCCUUUAUGGAGAAUUCCCUUCUCAGGAGCGGCGCCUCUUGAACCGUUACAUCACAGCCUUUAAUGGGGAAGUGGAGGACUAUAUGAACGAACGGGUGAAUUAUGUGAUCACAGCCCAAGAGUGGGAUGACACGUUUGAGGAGGCUCUGAACGAGAAUGCCAACCUGUCCUUUGUGCGCCCUCGCUGGAUCUACAACUGCAACGAGCGGCAGAAGCUGAUCCCCCACCAGCCAUACGUUGUGGUGCCGCAAGUGUAGGCUGUCCUUCGUGCAGGCAUUUUGUCUGUGUCUCCUAUGUGCUCCCUCUGGAGCAACUGUCCUCCUUUCCUUUUGGGGCCACUUGACACAAUGCUGUCCCAGUUUGCUACUUGAGGGUCUGGUCCAGCAGCCCCCUUUCCACACCCAUACGCAGGCGUAGCAGAGUUUUUGAGGGUCUUUAUUAUUACUAUUCCAGCAGCAGCUACCACAGCUUACAUCAGAAACAAAUUCAGUUUGGGAAAUAACUGCUGCUCUCAAGAAAUCAGUGUUAAAAGCCCCACGGCACACUACAGCCUUGUGGGCUGCUCUGGAUUGGGGCCAGUGUCAGUUUCCAAGGGCUUGGACUAAGGGGCGAGGACUGAACUGAGAAAGGGAGAUGCACCCUCCCAAAACCCCAACUUUUAUUUUUGGGACCCUCUCUGAACUCUUGCGCUCAUGCCACUUUUUUUAUUUCUGUUCUCCAUGCCCUUGAUAUUUCCUAAGAGGCUGUGUGUGUUCUAAUCAGUUCACUUGCUGAUACUUUCUUUUUUUGGAAGAGGAUGAUGAUGAGGAGAAUGGCCAUUUCAAGGUAUAAAUCUGUUUUUGAAUAUUUGAAACAAAUGUUGCCCUUGAGCAGGGGAUCUUGUCCCAUUGUACAAGCUGUGCCUUGCUCAGUUUUAUAGGAGAGAUGCUAGCCCCCUGCCCCUUGAUCCAUUUUAAUUUUUAGGCACCCAAUCACAAAUUACCAUUUUUGCAGAUGGAAUUUGUUCCUUCAUCUAUAUAUACAUCGGUAAACUUGAGCAUAUGAAGAAGCAGUAAUAUACUGUUCUGACAUAUUAGGGUAAAUCCAGGCCCAUUUUAGAAUUCAGAAGUUCACUUGUCACAGGUGUGCAUUACCUGUUUGUACAUUCUGCCUCCCUCCAUUUCUACAGUCCCCUCUGGAAAAUGAUGUCCAAACCAGGCCCAUAGCUAACAUCUAGUCCUUGAAUCCCUGAAUUUUUUUGUUCACACCUUUAGUUCUUUCCAUUCACAUUCCUCUUUAAGCCAAGUAUACUUGUUCUGCAGCUUUUACCCAUCUCCAUUUUAAGCAUGUAGUAGUUGGAAUGGACACUGUACACUGACCAAACAUUCUAAUUGGAGUGAUUGGCCCUGAUGCCAAGUUCUCUUAAUACCGAGAAUUCUCGCAGACAACUGCUCUCAAGUGUUUAGGAUUGCUAUUGGGAGAAACCAAGACUGUUAAACUCAAUUUAUAUUGCAUCUCCUAUGGCCCAAAUCUCAACAGCUUGAAUUUUUGGGAGGAAGGGGGGGACUAAUCACAAAAAUAGUGAGUUUUCUAGUGUGAAGUAGACUUCUAUAGGAAAAGGAAAGAACAGCUCUAGUUAAUUGUAUUAUAGAUUAACUUCAGCAGGGUGUUGUCAGUUUCACACAUUUUUUCUGUCUGGGCAAAGAACUCUUGAUUUCACUAGAAGGAAACAGUACAACAGGCCACUUUCCAGCUCAGCGAUUAGCUCUUUUCAGGGUACCAUCCCAGCCCCCAAAGUGUACGCUCCUUCUUGCUUUUCACUGGCUGUGAACUGGACUGAGAGGCCUUGAAUUAUCUACCUCGUUUUUACAGCCAAUUUCUUCCCUUGCCUCAUUGGUGCUGCCCUCAGCACUGGGGAUCAAGCCAGCAGCUCUUCUCUCUCACCUUAUGUUCAUGUAUUAACUACAGUAAAAUAAAUUGCUUGUUGGGACCUUUCCAGCUUUGGGAAGGGGCUGCAACCAUUAGCUGCAUCCCACCUCUCUGGAGGCUUCUUUUCAGUCCCAGUGCAUAUAAUGUCUCCCUAGCACAGCGAUGGCCCCUGAACCCUUUGAUGCUGAAGUGGGAGAUCAGCCACCAUCUCUUUUUUACCCAGUCCUGCUGUGAGGCACACCUGGAAUCCUUGAGAUCACAGGGAUGGGGGGGGAAGUCACCAGGAGAAGCUGCUUUGUCUCCUAGCCAGUGAGGGUGCCCCCUAGAUGGACUCCCAACACCAUCAUCCCCAGGCAGCAUGACCACUAGUCAGUGAUGAUGAAAGCUGUGAUCCCAACAACAUCUGGAGGUACCAUAUUAGCUACUCCUGCGUUUACUCUGAUGCUUCUUUGGAAGGAUUAACCUCCAGAUGAGGAGCAUUUAUAUCAUUAGCCAUUGUUCGGAGCUUUGAAAUGCACCCUUUUAAUGAGUUUGCUCAGUUGUGGGGAUUCUGUGGGAGCUGGUGAUGACUUUCAGGUACCUGCACAUCCGAAGCCUAGUGGGAGGGUGGGAUGUUGAAACUGAUCUGGAGGGCGAUGGUGUCUUUAAGUAAGUUAUCUUAGCUUGUCACCAAAGGAACUAGCUUUGUGAGUGCAGUGAGAAUUCACAUAUGCCACUUCCCAAAACUACCACAUUCAGGAUUGCUGUUAGAAGGGAAAGCAUGGCAGUUAAACUGGAUCAAGUUUGUAAUGCAGCUUAUGUGAAAGAAGAUUAAGGGCUUCUGGUUUUUUUAAAAAAUAUAUAAAUUAAACCCAUGAUUCAUUGCAGUGUGCAUGAGGUUCCAGAAAUUGUGACAAAUCUCUUUGAGGGUGUACCUAUGUCUUUCCUCCCCCCCCAAAAAAAUCUGGUUUAUUGUGUUUUUAAAAAAUAAAAAAACCAAACGCAA